CAUAAAUUCAAACUAAUACUAACGUUCCAAUUUCCCCAAAUAAUUUUUUAUUUUUGAAAUCACACUCCAUUUCGCCCUCUUCUUUCCUUUCCAUUCUUCUUCUCUCUCAACCCACUCCUCUCUUCACUGUCACCACCAAAUGCAAAUCAAUUCAAAACCCCUGAUUUUGGAAACAUCCCUUUAAAGUUUCAAACUUUUUUGGAAAGGCUUUCCUCCGAUGCAGGAUUUCAUCGGCUCAGUCCGCAGAUCUUUGGUUUUCAAGCCACUGGGAGGAGGAGGAGGAAAUGGAGAUUCAUUAGACCAAAGUGGCACUAUUUCAAAUGGGUUCAAUGGGUUUGUGGAGAAGAUUGGAUCCAGCAUCCGGAAGUCCAGAAUUGGGAUUUUUUCCAAGCCACAAGCUCCGGCAUUACCGCCGAUCGGGAGAGCCGCCGAGCCGGCGAAAGCUAAGAAAGAUGAUAAGCCGCCGAUUCGUUGGCGGAGAGGGGAAUUGAUUGGUGCUGGCGCGUUUGGGAGGGUGCAUAUGGGCAUGGAUAUUGAUUCUGGGGAACUAAUUGCUGUUAAAGAGGUCUCAAUUGCUGCAAAUAGUGCUUCCAAGGAAAGAACCCAAGUGCAUAUCCGAGAGCUUGAAGAGGAAGUGAACCUACUUAAAAAUCUUUCGCAUCCGAAUAUAGUGAGAUACUUGGGCACUGCCAGAGAGAAGGAAUCUUUGAAUAUAUUUCUGGAAUUUGUUCCAGGAGGUUCAAUCUCCUCCCUUUUAGGAAAAUUUGGAUCUUUCCCUGAAUCAGUUAUUAGAAUGUACACAAAACAACUCUUGUUGGGCUUGGAGUACCUGCACAAGAAUAAUAUUAUGCAUAGAGAUAUCAAGGGAGCAAACAUUCUAGUAGAUAACAAGGGAUGCAUCAAACUUGCAGACUUUGGCGCAUCGAAGAAAGUUGUUGAACUGGCUACAAUGACUGGUGCUAAGUCAAUGAAGGGCACUCCGUAUUGGAUGGCUCCUGAAGUUAUUCUCCAGACUGGGCACACAUUUUCUGCUGAUAUAUGGAGUGUUGGAUGUACGGUUAUUGAGAUGGCUACUGGAAAACCUCCUUGGAGCCAGCAGUAUCAAGAGGUUGCUGCUCUCUUCCACAUUGGAACAACUAAAUCUCAUCCGCCCAUUCCUGAGCAACUUUCUGCUGAAGCGAAGGACUUCUUAUUGAAAUGUUUACAUAAGGAGCCUCAUCUUAGGCCCAGUGCAUCAGAGUUGCUUCAGCAUCCCUUUGUUACUGGAGAAUGUGAAGGAACUCAUGCAGCUUCUCGCCCUUCAGUUGCGAACUCAAUUGCCACCAGGGUGGAACUUAGCAAGUCCACCAAAUUUGAUGCAUUGAGGAGUUCUAAUGGGUUGAAAGAUGCUUGUGAAAUGAGUGAUCUAAGGUGCUCAACCAUAAAUUCUGAGAAAUUUUCUGCAAAAGGAUCUAUGUGGAAGUCGGGCAACUUUGAUGAUGAUAUGUGUCAGUUAGAUGAUGAUGAUGAAUUUAAGAUGGUGGCAUCAACCAAGUUUGAUUCCGGGUUUCAAGAUUUAACCAAGAGUUUUAAUCCAAUGUGUGAGCCGGAUGAUAAUUGGCCUUGCAAGUUUGAUGAGAGCCUGGAGUUGGAGAGACAUGGAACCAAUUUAUUCUCCAGUCAAGUUAUUCAAGACCCUGAGAAUAACACUGGACCUUCUGGAAUGGAGGAUGGUGGCUUCACAUUUCCAGUCGGACAAUUAGCAGCUGAGGAAGAGGAUGAAGUAACUGAAACAAAAAUUAGGGCAUUCCUAGAUGAAAAGGCUUUGGAUCUAAAAAGGCUGCAAACUCCUUUAUAUGAAGAAUUUUAUAAUUCUAUCAACUCGUCGAGUGCAGUAAAUACUGUUGGUGCCUCAAACAAGGAAAAUGUUUCGGAUAAUCUCAAUCUACCUCCAAAGAGCAGAUCGCCAAAUAGAGUACUCAGCAGAAGACUUUCUAAUGCUCUUGAGAUCACCAAUAGCUGUAGCCCUGGAAGUGGCUCUAAACGCUUUUCAAGUAAAGGUGGUUUAAAUUAUAGGGAAUCCCAGUCUCAGUUAAGGGAUUUGAAAGGUCUUCUUUUCAAUGCACAGCAGGAGCCACCAAGUCCAAGUUCUAGCUUCUCCGAGAGACAAAGAAAGUGGAAAGAGGAGCUUGAUGAAGAGCUUAAGAGGAAACGAGGUAAUUCACAGUAGUACUUCUGGAACUAGUAAAAAAGUUGUUAACCUUGAUAAAUUUCUGUAAUAGGCUCAUGAUGUCGGAUAUUGUCAUAGUUCAUUACAAUUUGAUUGCUCAAACUUGAUUUCAUGGCAUGGUUGGUUUUUAAUCAAGUGUGUUAUCUUACAGAAAUCAUUAGUAAUGGCUAACAAAAUUAUUGACUUGGUAUACGAAAAGAAAAUUGAAAUGCAAAAGGCUAUACAUUAAGGUGUUGUACUGUGAAUUAGCUUCCAUCCACUGAAGGCUAUAAAUUGAAAGGCUAUAAAUUGAAAUCCAAGUUGUAAUCUUUCAUCCACUGAAGUAGGUUUGUGCAGCAUCCAUCUGAUAUAUAAGAACACAAUCAAUACCAUUACUUUCCAGUAAACUAAUUCAUUACCAUUGACUUUCAUCCUUCUAUUGAUUGUUUGUUGGUUAUGAAGUUCCUUACCAAUUGCAUUUCCAAGCAUGUCAUUUCUGACCAUGGAAGCUGACAUUGCAUAUUGCAGAAAUACUGCGUCAGGCUGGUGUGGUAAAAACUUCUUCCCCAAAGGAUCGGAUCAUGCAUCUCCAUAUGGAUCAAGAACAUGCAUCUCCAAGGAAGUAAAUGCACUAAUCCAGUCUGCUACCAGUUUUACUGACAACCAUCUUAUAAGUUUUGUCAUGGAAAACCACAUCGAUUGAGGCGUUCUGUAAUGAAUGGAGAAUUUCGAUUUUAGAAAUGGCUGAAGUGAUUGAGAAAAUUUUUUAUGUGUUCCAUGUAAUUAUGCGGAAAGUCUUCAAGAACAACUGAAGCGGCAGUACUGUGGCCGCCAUUUCUUCAUGUAAUCAUGCAUCGCAGCUGAGGUUGCUGCGAAGAGUUCAUGUGAUCCACCAGAAGCUAUUGUGUAUUUAUUUGUAUUUCAUAUCCAAAUGUUUAUCUAAGAUCGCUGAGAUGAUCUGUAUGUCAUUGGGAAAUAACAUCAUAAUGAUCUAUACUAUAUUCCAUUGUAAUAGAGAGAAGAUUGUGAGUCUCUUCAUAUUGUGUAAAUAACUUUUUGUCUUUCAGACAAAAUUGUUGAGUGCAUCUUUCAAAUUGCUUUCAGCACUUCUGAAUGUUCUCACAUAAGUAAC